AAAUAUUUGAAGACAUAUGUGAGGACGUGAUAGCCGAUUUAGAAUUGACUGAAGAGGAGGAGGAUGCUCUUGACAAAAAACACAUCCGUGUAUCCAUUUCUGAAAAAAAGUGGUUCUACAGUAAUAUUUAGUCCACACUACGGUGAUGACAUGAAACUGGCACUAGACUUUAAUAAAGACUUUAAGUUUUUGAAAUUUUGCAUUGACAUUGAUCGGACCUCUACAGAAAAGAAGCUUCCUCCUCAAAUAUUGUCAAUACCUUUGACAAAAUGAUGGGAGCCAGUCAAGCUGUCAACAAACUUCCUAAGCGAAAAGCAGAAGCUAUUAACAAGUUUACAGGUGAUGCUCUUGAAGGCGUGGUGAAUGUGCACCUACAGAUAGACUGUAAUACACAUGUGGAAUAUCCGUAUUAUGACUCUACCCUGGCACAGCCCGAUAUCUGUGCCUUCUGUGUAGCUGUGGGGGCAACAAGGGACCAAGAUGCCAUUAAAUCAUAUCGUAUUGUUCUACCAGUUUGCAGAGACUGUGUCAUUAUUGGAAAAUUACCACCCAAGAGAAACCCAAUUAAAUAAAUUAUUUCAAAUUAUACAUAGAGUUUUAUUUAAUAUAUCUGACAUGAGGAAACUGAUAGCUUGAUACACCCUAGAAUUUAAAAUACUGCCCUAUAAUGAUGGUUUGUAAUUUCCUAUUUACAAGUACAAAAAAAACCAAAUUUACCAAAAAAAUAAAAUAAUUUACCUACCUACCUACCCACACCUGACUUGAGAGGGUCAGGUUUAGGGAAAAAAACAAUUAUUU